AAGAAGAAGAGCCAUGGAAGACAGGUUGAGGGAAGAUGAAAGAAAGCGAGAAAAAGAUGAAAUUGAAGAAAGAAGAAGGAAAGAAAGUGAAGAAAGGAAACAGCGAGAGGAGGAAGAAAACAAAAAGAGAAAAGAAAAUGAAAGAAAAAGAAAAGAAGAUGAAGACAAGAAAAGAAGAGAAGAAGAGGAAAAGAAAAACAGAGAAGAUGAGGAGGAGAGGAAAAGAGAAGAGGAUAAAAAGAAAAAACAGGAGGAAGAGGGAAAGAAAAGAAAAGAAUUAGACAAAAAAGAAAAAGAGGAGGCCGAAAAGAAGAAAAAGGAAGAAAUGGACAAACACCAAAGAGACGAAGAGUUGAGAAAGAAAAAAGAUGCAGAAGAGCUGAAAAGUAAAAAAGAAGAACAAGAAAGAAAACAAGAAGAAGAAGAAUUUAAGAAACUAAAUAAUAAUGUGCCUGACUGUGUGUUUCCUUAUAACCAGCAUGUGCCUUCACCAGAUGAAAUGAUCAGAGAUACAGAGUCUGCUCGACAGCGCCGAAGAGAUGAAA